AUGGGUUUGACUUUCGAUUACUAUAAUUCGGACAACAACAGUACAAAUCCAUCAGUAUAUGAAAAACCGUCAUCGUGUGUGAAUCAGCUUAAUUAUCAACAGCAAAAGAAGAAACAGAAGCAGAAGCAGAAGCGCAGGCCGAAGCAACGUUUGACUCUAGACAACGUGUUCGAGGUCUACCGCAAACCACGGUACGACGAAACAAUUCAAAAAAUGGAAACUCGCACCUAUUACCCAUACAUAAAAUCGUUCAAUAAUAAUGACGUUAUUGAAAUCUCCAUAAACCAGAGGGAUUCCUGGGUACUGAUGCACGAGGCGGCAAUUGUGAUUGAAGGGGAGCUGAGAAGAGAUGGAGGUGAAGGUGAAGUUUCACUGGUCAACAAUGCUGGUGCAUUUAUGUUUGACAAUAUCACGUACGAACUAAACGGAAAAGAAGUGGACUCUGUUCGUACACCGGGAAUCGUCUCCACAAUUAGAGGAUAUCUUUGUUACAAUCAAAUGGAUAGCAAUAUUUUGAGUACGGCAGGAUGGUGUUACCCAAACAAUCUAGUUACGACCAAGAACAAGUCAACGUUUGUUUUAAGAAUACCACUGCAUCAUCUGUUUGGUCUAUUUAUCGACUAUAAACUAGCUCAAUUUGGCAAACACACCUUAAGAUUGGUCAGAGCUCGAAGCGAUCUAGAUGCUAUUGUGUGUAAAUCCUUGAAAGAUACAGCGCCCACCUCAGGUAUCAUCAAAAUGACCAACAUUUGUCUAAAAGCACCCAUUGUUGUUCCAAAUGACAUGCUGAAAAUAAAAUUGUUGGAUUCGAUAAAAAAUGAUAAACCUAUACUUUUACCAUUCAGAAGAUGGGAAUAUCAUGAACUGCCACAAUUAACAACUGGAUCAACGAAGGAAAUUUGGGGUGUGAAAACAUGUACAGCUGUGGAGAGUCCACGAUUUGUAAUUGUUGCUUUUCAAUCGGACAAAAGAGAAAAUGAUUCGGUUGAUACGACCGUCUUUGAUAAUAUGCACGCCUCGGAAGUACGGGUCGUGUUGAACGGUGAAUAUUAUCCAGCUGAACGACAGGGUUUGAAUUUUGCCAAACACAGUUAUACCGAAUCGCAUUACAACUAUACUCAGUUUUUUAACAAUUUCAAACAUGAUGCAUCCCAAGUAAAGCAACCUCUACUCGAUUAUUCAACGUUUAAGGAUAAUACCAUAUUUGUUAUUGAUUGCUCCAAAAGAAAUACAGCACUGAAACUGGGUACUAUAGAUGUUAAAUAG